UCCGCCGGAUUACCCAGCGUGCCCCGCAGCAAAAUGGUGGCCUAAGCGGAGCGCGCGGGGCCGGGCCGAGCGGGGGCAAAGUUUGGGGCGGGCCCGAGACAGAACCGAACCGGGUCAGAACCGGCUGUAAAGUCCCCGGGAGUCCGGGAGAAGCGGAGCCCGACUGGUUCCGAGCCAGUCCGGGACCCUGGGGGGUUGAGGGAGUCCAGCCAGAAUCAGAAUCAGUCCAGAGACAGAACUGAUGAAAAGGGUCUGCACAGGAGGAGGAAGUGAAUCCCUUGGAUACAAACAGCAGAGAGCAGCUCAUCUGCUUCCUGUGAACUAUUCACCAAGGGACUGGAAUGCUCUGAUGUAUCUCCUUCAAGAGGCUUAAACAGAAGUACCCCUGCCUUGCUGCUGUUGCUGUCUCAGUAUGAGGCCUAACGAUGAUUCUUUAGCUCUGCCUGCAGAGGAGACAUUUUAAAGAUAGCACAGAAGCCAUUCAGAUGCUGCCAGAUGCCACCAGGGGAGAGCUGACUUGGAGGCAGGUGGACCGGGAGAUGUUUGGAUGGGACGUCGCUUUGGAUCUGGCAUCUGAGUGAGUGUCCCCCUACAUGAGACUUCAACUCUGAGCGCAGGCUGGUGACCAGUUGUCGCACCCAAGCAGGAGGGAGGAUGACGAGCACAGCUCCAUCCAAGAAGCCUUACCGCAAGGCACCGCCGCAGCACCGCGAGAUCCGCCAUGAUCUGCCCAUCCUUCGAGACGACCAAGACGGCGUGAUUUUGGCUGAGCAGAGUCAGGUAACGGAUAACCGGGCGGCUAAGGGCCUGGCGCCGUUACGCCAGCAGGCGGGGUUUAGUUACGCCGAGGCAGGCCAGCUCAAACAGGUGGAUGGGUUUGAGGUGCGCAACCUUAACUUUUCCUCCUCCUGGUCCCUGGAGUCAAGUAGUGACAAGGAGGUAGCAGGGUGCCGAGCGGAGCUGAAGCUGAAGAGCCGGACUCUGUCACCUGUGCUGCCGCACAGUGGGAAGGCAGGGAGGCGGAGCGGGAAGCACUGCCGGCACCCCAGCCAGGGGUGUCUCAGUAAGUUCAUGAGCCGCAGUGUGGAGACGGUUGUGGUGUCUGGAGACGAAGGCCGGAGGCCAACCUGCUCCUUCAAGAGCAGGAGCCUGGAACGCUCCCUCAUGUUCAAAGAGCCUGCCGAGGUCCUAGCUCCCAGGAAGUUCCAGGUCUCUGCCACCCAUCUGCCUCUCAAAGGGAUCCUGAAGCAGACGGGCAUGCUGGAAGUGCGCCCCGAGAGCCUGCGCAAGUCCCGCUCAGUGGAGACGCUGGCCCAUGGCCGCAGCUCGCGCAAGUACAGCGACCCUCAGCUGUGCUUCAGCCCGAGGGAGAGACGCUCGCUGGAGCGCAGGAGCAGCACUGCCGAUGCCAUCAAGCGCCAGGAGAAGGUCACUGAGGAGAAGCUGCAGUUCUCCAAGUUCCUGGAUGAGAUCACCCACCGUGUGCUGAGCCCUGUCCACCUGCAAUCCCUGGGGGAGGGCAGAGCAGGAGGGGGAGGCCAGGACUCUCCUUCCUCACCGAGAGGCUCCACUCCAGAAGGUCAGAAGGAAAGCCAGCCUGAGGGGGCCAAGCGAGCAGCUGAGAAGAGCCACCGCCUGAGCAGGAGAAAGGCAGAUAAGAAGCGUGAGGGUCUGGAAAUGGCUUCCUGCCGGAGGAAGCCCCCUGAGGAGGCUGAGAGGGCCCCCAGGCUGAGGAGAAAGCCCAUCCUGGUGAGGAAGGACAGCAAGGAGAAGUUCCUCUCCCUGGAGAGGCGGGUAGUGGAUCUGUGCCAGUAUGAACUGCAGCAGCUGGCAGAGCUGGGUUUGGCAGGGGUGUCCUCUGAGCAGCAGCAGCAGCAACUGCUGCCUUCAUGGAAAACCAGUCAGGAGGGAGGAAGGGACAGAGAGAGGGACCGAAGCAAGCACCAAUUGCGGCAAGUGCAGCCUCAGCAUCUUGGCACCAAACCUGGCCAGAAGCCCAUGACAGAGCCAGGCUACCUAGAGAGUGCAUCCUUCUCCCCUCCGACACACCGGAGCCAGGAGGAGGGCACUGCCUCACCUAGAACCUCCCCUUCCUUCAGCCUAGCACUAAACAAGGAGCCCUUGACGGAUGCAGAAAGGAUGAAGCUGCUGCAGCAUGAGAACGAGGAGUUGCGCCGGCGGCUGGCCUAUGUCACUAACAAGAUGGAGGCGAUGGAGAGGGAACUGGAGUCCGGCCAGGACUACCUGGAGCUGGAACUGGGCCAGAACCGCGAAGAGCUGGAGAAAUUCAAGGACAAAUUCCGUAGGUUACAGAACAGCUACACUGCUUCACAGAGAACCAAUCAGGACCUGGAGGAGAAGCUGCAUACCCUGAUAAAAAAGGCAGAGAUGGAUCGGAAGACCCUGGACUGGGAGAUUGUGGAGCUCACUAACAAGCUGCUAGAUGCCAAAACUACCAUCAAUAAACUUGAGGAGCUCAAUGAGCGAUAUCGGCAGGACUGUAACCUCGCAGUGCAGCUACUCAAGUGCAACAAGUCCCACUUCAGGAACCACAAGUUUGCUGACCUUCCCUAUGAGCUGCAGGACAUGGUCAAUAAGCAUCUGCACAGCACCCAAGAGUCCCCAGGCCCUGGGCAGGAGGCUGCACAUACCCUGGCCCCAUCUGACGUCGUGCCCACCUCAGUGAUUGCCAGAGUCCUGGAGAAGCCCGAGUCACUGGUCCUGAACUCUGCCAAGUCCAGCAGUGGCAGCUGUCCCAUAGCUGAGGAUGUCUUUGUGCACGUGGACAUGAGUGGAGCUCUGCUGGAUGCCUGCCCCAGCCCAGGGCUGCCUGGGAAGGAGAGAGGGGAAGGGGGGAAGCAGCAGAAUGGGGGCUGCAAGCCACAGAGCAGUGUAGAGAGCGUGCCAGAGGAGGUGCCUGCCUUCGAGAAGCUGAGCCCCUAUCCCACGCCCUCCCCUCCCCACCCCAUGUACCCAGGGCGUAAGGUGAUUGAGUUCUCUGAGGACAAAGUGAGGAUCCCAAAGAACAGCCCCCUGCCCAACUGCACCUAUGCCACACGGCAGGCCAUCUCCCUAAGCCUGGUGCAGGGCGAGGACGAGAGCAGUGACCGGCACCGGACGCUCCCUAACAGCCCUGUCUCAGAGGGCCACCACUCAGCCUCCAGCUGCUCCUACCAGCCGUCUCCCAAGGCAGCUCGAGCACACGGCUCCUCGCAGAGCAGCCCUUUCAGCAGCCCACCGCAGAUCCCCAGCGCCUUUGCCAGCUCGGCCAGCUCGGAGCAGGACCUCCUGGCCAACUGGCAGCGGAUGUUUGUGGACAAGGCGCCGCCCACUUCGGAGCAGGUGCUGGUGAGCCGCACCUCCUUCAGCUGUGACAUGGCCCCGGAGCUCCAGAAGCGGUUCAGCCGCUCCAUGCAGGAGCUGGGCAGGGCGGCCUCGGCCUACUCGGAUGGCGAGGAAUCUGCACAGAGCUGCAGCUGGACCGUGAGCCGGGACUCGAGCGUAGACACAGACAGCACUGAGUCCCGAGCCCGCAGGAGCCAUUUCUCCUCCGAUUACGGCGUGGACUUCUCCCAGGAUGAAGCCCAGAAGCUGCUCCAGGGCAGUGGCGGGGGCACCACUGAGCCCAGCAGCCCCCCGCCAGAGAAGCACAAGGACUAUGUGGACCUGGGCUCACCUGGGAGCCCAGCCGAGGAAAGGGAAAUGCUGCUGAAACCAAGCAAGGAGAGCAGCCCAGGGGGAGCCCUGGAGGAGAGCGGGGAAUGCAGGAGCAAGCCUCCCUCAGGACGGCCACACCGCAGCCCUAAGAGGAUGGGUGUCCACCAUCUCCAUCGCAAGGACAGCCUGACACAGGCCCAGGAGCAGGGCAACCUGCUCAACUGAGGCUGGGCAGGGAGCAGCGCCACAGGGCAGUGCUGUAGCUGCCUCACCACUCAUGGGGUUGGUGUCCGUGGCACCACACAUGCCCCAGGGGGCUGCAGGCUCCACUCCCACCUUAUAUUUAUUCUGGUUUUGAUACCCGGAAGUGACAGGAUCUUGCUGGCGUUCCGCACCCACCACACCAGAACACAGACUUGGGGGCCUUGCUUGCCCUGGCAUGCAUGCCCAUGCCUGUGCUCACCACUCAUCUGGUGCCUGCCCUCACACUCAAUCUUACAGCCCCACCCUGGUGCCCAUGCCCUUACUCACCCUGGGGCCUGUGCCUGCCCUCACACUCAUGUUCACAACCUUGCCCUGGUGCCCAUGCCCUCAUUUUCACGCUGAUGCCCAUGGCCCUGGGCGCACUUGUGCUGGUGCCAACAAAUAGAAACUCUUUGCCCUGGUCUUGUCUGAUCCCCAUGAGUCCCUGCAGGCUGAGUGGGACAUGAGGACUGCCCUGGGGGGUGGGUGCUCCUUGCUGGCUGGCCCCCUGCUGUGGGUCAGAAGCAUUGAGUUGGACUGUUGUUUUGCUAUUUUUUUGUUUCCCCCCUGCUGCCAUGUUGAUCUCUCUGGAAACCAGCCAGCAGUUGUGGCUGGCUCUCCUUUAAAGCUUCCUCUGCAGAUCCCUGCUGCUUAGCUCAUGGGCCUGGCCCAACACUUGGCUCAUGCAGAGGCAAUGCCCUGGGAGAGCCCCAGUUCCCUCUGCCAUGGGGCUGGGCCAUAGCUGCCCCCGGCAGUUGCUCAGCGAGGCUGGCCUGCAGCGUUUCCAUGACAGUGGUUUCUAUGCUGUGGGUUGGAUUGUGUGUUUGUCUCUCCAUCUCUGGGUGCUGUUGCACUGGCCUGGCUUGUGUUUGGCUAGUGCUGAUUCUCCGCACCUGAGUCUUCCUCUCAUUUUUCUCCUUUCCAGGCCUCUGCUUUUAAAAUGUUGUGUUUUUCUCUUCCUGCAUAAAUGAGCAAAGCAGCUGACAACCAAUCCAUUGCCUGCCCAGAGGUUUGGUGUGAGGUCCUGCCCUAGGAGCCACCGGCUCCCCCUUCCCAUCCAGGUCUUUUUACUCCAGCAGAGCCAUAUGGACUCCAGGGCAGGAUUUUACCCCAGGAGAGCAAUAAAUGAAAGACCAUAGCAAGCCGCCUCUGGGCAGGGCCCCAGCAAGGGCUCUGGGGAGAGAGGGAGACCUGCUGGGGAGCAGGGCUUAUCGUUGCCGUAUGCAGACACAGUACCUCAUGGCUCAGCAGUGGCCCUUUGGGAAGGCCCCUGUGCAUGUGCACCCCUUCCUCUGGCUGGGUCCCGGGCUGGCUCCGGUGCCCUUCCAAGGCCUCCCCACUCGGGGGGGCUGGAGUUGUGUGUUUGAUUUUCCUUGUGUUCAGUGUUGGUGCGAUUUUCCUUUUCAGUAUUUGUGCUCCACGUCCCUGGGGUGGGGAAGGGGAGAGGUCGGGAGUGUAGAUAUUUUAUUUGUGAGAGAGUGCGCCAGGGUCUAGUUACUAGCUUCCUAACCUGCCCUUGCCUAUCUGGAUUUUUAACUCUCCACCCUGAAGGUGUAACCCAGCACACUGGCAUGGUCCCUGUGCUGCUCCCUUGGGCCUGGGGACCCUCUUCCCUUGGCUGUGGUGGGUUUGAAGCUGGAGCUGUAGCGUCCUCCUUCAGUGAGAGCGAGCUGCUGCUCUGUGCUUUGCUAUGUAUGGAGGGUGCAGCCUCUCUCUGCAGGAAGGAAGCUCCCAUUCAAACACCCAGCAAGAGAUGCUGCCCUGGGGCAAUAUCCCUCCCUAAGCCCCUCCGUUUGUAGCUGGUGGCAGCCAGGGCCAAAGCUUUGCUCUCAGCUCCAGGCUGCAGGGCCUGUGAAAGGGAGCUGUUCCCUCUCCUUGCAUUUUGGCCCAGCCCGUGGCUGCUUCCUGUGUGGGUAGGUUUGGGCACUCUGGUAACAGCAGCUGCCUCUGCACUUGCCUUGUUCCUGGCCACUCAGCUCAGUGUGGAGCUGGGCUGGGACUCAGUAUUUCAGCAGCUGCCCUAGCAAAUUGGUGCUAAUGGUGGGAGCCUCUCAUCAACCUGCAAGGUACUAAUCCUCUGUGUGGGGGAGGGCCCUGCCCAGCGCAGCCCAGCUCGUCUCUCUCCUGUAGCCUCCUUGCAGUGCUGAGGUCCAAGCUGCUGCUUCCUCCCACCCCAUCUUCGUGCCCCAGCCACAGGGCCUCUCCUGUUGAUUGGGCUCCUAGGCCCGACUCUACCUUGUCAGCACAGCUUGACUCCAAGCCUCCUGGGCUGCGUGGUGGCCUCACUUGUGUCAUGACCUAGCUUUGAGCUGCAAGUGCAUGCUGGGAGCAAUGGCGGCUGGCCUGGGCUGUCUAGUCCUUGAGCUGAUUAGUGUAGCUGGGUCCGAUUACCUCCACUUCUCCGCGAGAGGUGCUUCCCCUCCUGCCUCAACCCAAAGGUCCCUGGUUGCCCUGCAAUUGGCUGUCCUGAGCAGUUCAGACCAAAAUGAAAACCACCUGAUUGUAGAAGCAGUUGGUGUGCUGGUCCCUGUAAGGCAAAAGCUAAUCUCCCUUUUGACUUUGAUCACAUCAGGCUAGAAGCAAAGGAAUGCCCAUAGGCCCAGUCCAGGCCAUGGUCCUGAGGUGCCAUUUCCUUUGGAGUGUGACCAGGCAGCAGCAGAGCCCACGAGAGAAAUGGUGAGGGGAAUGUUGUGCAGCCAGAAGAGAAGGAGCAACCUGCUCCGAGGCUGCGUCCAGAGGGCAUCAGGCCUUUGCCCUCCUUCUUGUGUCUGGCAGUACUGGCUCUUGGGGGGGAGGGGGCACUUUUCAGUGUCCCAAGUCCAGCCUGUUCAUCUGCAACUAACGUGUUUUUCUGAGAUUUUCAAACUGAUGUAUAUUUUAAAACCAGAAAUAAACUAUUUUAAAAGUAA